AUGAUGCAGGGCCUGUUUCACUUCAGCAAGAUGGCCGCCUCAGGAGGAAAGAGCUACCUGGAAGCAUGUGGAGGAGCUGUGGCCUUGCAUUCAGAAGGUCUCCAGGUCCAAACUGUAGCAUUUCCAGGAGUGAAAUGUGGAGUCCCUUCUCUGGAACUGGGGAGCCAGGAGGAUUAUUGGCCCUAUGAAUUCUUUUCAAGAAUUGUUGGAGGGAGGACGGCUGUUCCUGGUGGACAACCAUGGCAGGUAUCCAUCAAGUUGGGCCAUUCCCACUUCUGCGGAGGCAGCUUGAUCCGCGACGAUGUGGUGGUUACCGCGGCUCACUGCGUCGUGGACCUGGACCUUAAAGUGGUGAAGAAUUUGAUUGUGACGGCUGGGGAAUACAGCCUUGGAACAAUGGAUGAUGAAGAACAGAACAUCCCUGUCUCGAAAAUAAUUGUCCAUCCUGCGUUUGACAGAUUUGGAUAUAUGGAUUCAGAUAUAGCACUCCUAUAUCUGAAUCACAGAAUUAAAUAUGGAAAUGAAGUGCAGCCGAUCUGUCUUCCACACAAAGGGGAGCUAUUUGAAGCGGGGACACUGUGUGUGGUGAGCGGAUGGGGCCGGGUCUCUGAAGCUGGUGCUCUGUCUGAUGUCCUGCAGGAAGUCGAGCUGCCUAUCAUCGAUGACGUAACUUGCAGUGAUCUCCUGAAAGCUCUGAAUUUGCCUCCAAUACAGAGUUCCAUGCUCUGUGCUGGGUUUCCUGAUGGUGGAAAGGAUGCAUGCAAGGGUGAUUCGGGAGGCCCUCUGGCAUGCCGAAGAGCCAGUGGCACUUGGGCUCUGGCAGGUGUCACAUCGUGGGGCAUCGGCUGUGGAAAAGGCUGGCUUACUAACGAGACAAGGAAUGGUGGCCGCGGUUCCCCAGGCAUCUUCUCAAAAGUAGACAAGCUCCUGGACUUCAUUGCCCAGAAUAUGCCCACGGCCUCUGGUCCAAGCGACCUGUCCCUCCCCAGCCCGGAAGACUGCAACUCCCAUGGCAAGCUGGUGUUUGGAGAAAGUGGGCAUAUCCGGCACCCCCACCAGAUCGGGGAGAGUUAUCUGGACAACAGCCUGUGCACCUGGAAUAUAACUGUGCCGGAAGACAAAUUCAUACUUGUGCAGUUUAUCCGGGUAGAUAUAGAAGAUCAAGUUGGGUGCGACCGUGACUAUGUGACUUUCUGUUCGAGUGAGAAGGAGCUUGUAGGCAAAAUCUGUGGCAAGGUGCUGCCAUCUCCUCUGUUGGUGGAGUCUAACCAAGCCAUCGUUACAUUUGUGUCUGAUGGUAGCAAUACCGGCGAAGGCUUUGAAUUCACUUUCAGUGCCGUGCAUAAGGCAUCUGAGGCAGGUUCUGGCUGUGGCAGUGUUGCAGUUCUGGUGGAUGAAGGAAAGAUUGACACGGCUAAUUACCCGGGCUUGUAUCCCAGCAAUACCAAAUGCCACUGGCUUAUUGAGGCCCCAGCAGAGCAUGUCAUAAAGCUGGAGUUUGAGGACUUUGCUGUUGAAACCAGCCAGGAUUGUAUUUAUGAUGCCGUUGUCAUCCAUGGUGACAUGGAAGAGGAACACCAGCUAGCUCUCCUCUGUGGCUUCUCGAUUCCUUCCCCUGUUUGGAGCUCUGGGGACGUCAUGCUGAUACACUUUGAGAGCGAUGGGGAGAAUAACUUCCGAGGAUUCAAGGCCCGCUUCAGCUUUUUCCCCUCAGAAACUUCUGAAGCAGACUUUGCAGGGCCUGUUGUCAUGCAGUCAUCUGAUCCAAGGACUAUUCCUGUGGAUGUUUGUGGAUCUCCCCCCUUCGUCCCUCAGUGGCUGUCCAGACACGUCUCUGGGGGAGAGGAAGCCUGUCCGCAUUGCUGGCCGUGGCACGUGGGAUUGCACUUCUUGGGUGACUACCGGUGUGGAGGUGUCAUCGUUGGCCCAACAUGGGUGCUCACAGCUGCACACUGUGUCCAUAUAACGAAUGAAGCUCUGCAUUGGACUGUUGUUGCUGGAGACCAUGAUCAAAUACUGAAGGAGCCAACAGAGCAGGUGAGGAGAGCAAAAACCAUUCUGAUCCAUCCAGACUUUGAUGUCAUGAGUUAUGAUUCUGAUAUUGCCCUGGUCCAGCUCCAGCCCCCACUUUCCUUCAACGCUGUGGUGAGGCCCGUGUGCUUGCCCAACGACACCAAGCCACUGUCUCCCUCUGUACUUUGCACUACGACAAGCUGGGGGAGUCUCCAAGAAGGUGGGGGCCUUGCCAGCCGCUUACAGCAGACUCCCGUCCCCACUCUCGGCAGUGACGUCUGUGAGCAAAACUAUUACUUUAACCACCCUGGAGGGAUCACGACCAGGAUGCUCUGUGCGGGUUUUGCAUUUUCUGGAGGCCAAGAGACCUGCCAGGGGAACUCGGGUAGUCCGCUGGUUUGCCCAAAUGAGGAUGAGUCAUUCACCCUCCAUGGCAUUGUUAGCUGGGGUGUUGGUUGUGCCAGACCAAAGAAACCAGGUGUUUAUGCAAGGGUGAGCACCUUCUUGGGCUGGAUCAAGUCCCAAAUGAACGAAAAGGGACCGGGGGAGAUCCUAGUGAACAAUGCUGCUCUUGAAGCAUCAGUGCUGCUGAAAACCCUGAUGGGAGCUGAUGAUGGACAAGCUAAGCUCUGUGGCACCCUACAGUCUCCCAUGACCUUGCUGAGUCCAGGUCCUGUGGUCAAAGUGGAGCUACGUUCCACCAUCCAUGGUAUUCUUGGUAUGACCUACGUGGUCCUUGGAAUUCAAGGGCCAAAAAUGGGGAACAGGAUGAAAAACUUCAGUGACUUGAGUGAGCAGUUAUUGCGCUGCCGAGACGUCAUCCUUGAAGACCAAGAAGGAAUAAUCAAGUCCCCGGGUUUUCCUGACAGCUCCUCCAACACCACCAGCUGUCACUGGAGGAUUGUUGGCCCAUUUAAUGCCAUCAUUCGGUUGGAUUUCCUGGACUUUGUGAUUGAGGAAUCCCCUUCUAAAUGUCAUGGUGGGCUUGCAGUUUAUGAAGGAUUUGGGUCCACCAUGGAGGUGCUUGGUAACUUCUGCAACAAACUGCCACACUACCCUUUAAAGUCGCGAGGCCCUGUGGUGACACUGCUCUUUACUUCCAGAAGGGAUACGAAUGUGAAAGGUUUUGUUCUUGCCUACCGCACCCUUGAAAUACAGCCCAGUCCAACACAAAGUAGAAUAAGAAAUGCUGGCAAAGCAUGUCCAGUUUUGGAUCUGAUCCCAGUAGGAGCUGUUGAGAUGGUUUCCCCAAAUUACCCAGAUGCUUACCCUGACUUAUUGAGCUGCACUUGGACAGUCUAUUCUGCUUCUGGAAGCAAGCUGAAAAGUGUGAUCAGAGAGCUUUCAAUAGAGGAUGCUGAAGAUUGCAUCUGGGACUCCCUGAGCAUUUACGAUGGACCAGAUCAGCAUUCAGCAUUGCUUGGGAAAUUAUGUGGCCGAAAAAAGAACCUUCAACUAUUUUCAAGUGACAGCUACUUGACAGUGCAUUUCCACACUGAUGGCUCAGUUGGAGCCAAGGGCUUCCAGAUCCUCUUUGAAGAGACGAACCAAGAACCAGCACAGAGAAACAAGAACGGAAUAGAACUUGAGAGUCAGUGUAAUUUAAAAUCGGGUUCUGGAGAGCCACUCGUAUGCAAGAUUGAUGGACGUUACAAGCUGGUUGGUAUCCUAAGCUGGGGUAGUGAUGACUGUGAUCCAGAGGUGCCAACAGUCUACACCCGGAUUUCUGCUUACAGGACUUGGAUUUCAACAGUCAGUCAUGGGAAAUUGUAA